AUGACUGCAACAACUGGCAGCUGGAAACGGCCAUGCAGGCACAAACAACUUCCCGACAACACCGCUGUUAGCCCCACCCCGCAGCAGGAUCACGGCGGGCUCGGCCUGCUCCUCCAGGAGCUGCUGCGGCGCGGGGCACCAACGGCCGCCUCCCAACGGCCGCCCCCAGCGCCAGGGAGGCGGCAGCGCCGCAGCGGGGAGGCGCUUACUGCGCACGGGGGCGGAAACAAACGAGGAACGAAACGCCCGUUUAAGCUCUUUUUAAAGAUAAGCUCCGCUAUCCCUGCAGCGGUGGCCGGCAGCUUCGCCGCUUUUGCAAAGCGAACCCGAGCUGGAGCACUUACACGCACACGUGCAGGGCGCUCCUGGCCGCUCACUCAGCGCCUCGUAGGGGCGGCGGGCGGGCGGGGGCAGCCGCGGGCGGGAGCGGGAGCUGGGAGCCGGGAGCCAACCCCGCGGGAGGAGCGGCAGGAGCGCUCCCUUCACUGUUAUGGUCACUAUCUGUUUCAGGAAAGUACUAAAUUCAAGAAUGUUUGGACAACUCAUUCUACAUCUCCUAUUGCUUAUGAAAGAGGAAGAAUUUACUUUGACAAUUACCGGUGCUGUAUUAGCAGCAUUGCACAAGAGCCAAGAAUACUAUACCAAAAGCCAAAGUCUCCUAAAUCAGAAAAAAUAGAAGAUGCUUUAUUAUUGGAAUGCCCACUGGGGGAGACACUGCCAAGUCCAUCGGACUAUAAAUCUUCCCUGGUAGUCUUAACAGCUCAGAACUGGCUUCUACGUCUUUCGGCUGAUAGUGGAGAGAUACUGGAAAAAAUAUACCUUGCUGGUUCCUGUUGCAAAUUCAGAUACCUGAGCUGGGAUACUCCUCAAGAGGUAAUGGUUAUAAAGUCAGCUCAGAAUAAGCUACCUGCAGCUGCACGGCAGGCAGGCAUCCAACAGUCUGUAUUGUUCCAUCUUGCUCUAUUCCAAGUUUUACCCCUUUCAUUUAUUGGAAUGCUAGAAAUAAACAAAAAGAUAUUUGGAAAUAGUGUGACAGAUGUUGCUGUUUCUAAUGGAGUCCUGAUCAUAAUGCAUAGUAUGGGUCUGGUCAGGCUCUAUAACUUCCAGGCCAUCUCUGAAAAGUUCAUGGAAGAGCCGUUUGAUUUGGGAUACGAAUUCAACUGGAAUGGUCAAGUGGGAAUUGUAGGAAAGUAUCCGUUUGGUCUUCCGUGUAACAUUAAAAUAACAGAUACCCCACCUUUGCUAUUUGAAGUAUCUUCCCUGGAGAAUGCAUUUCAAAUUGGAGGUUACCCUUGGCAUUAUAUCAUCACACCUAACAAGAAAAAAGAUAAAGGAGUCUUCCAUAUUUGUUCUCUGAAAGACAAGGCUUUGGCAAAAAAUGGCAUACAGGAUAUGAAAUGCUGUUCACUGGAACCCGAUUGGAUAUAUUUCCAUCCAGAUAUGUCAGGUAGAAUAAUCCACGCUGGACCAAAUUUGAUAAAAGUCUUGAAGUUUAAGGAGGUGGAAAAUAAUAUAAGUCAAAUGGAAAUUGCAGAAGACUUUAUGAUUGUGGCCAACAGGGAAAAUAGUGUGGACAGCGCUGUUACUGUAACAGCUUCUGGUCGAGUGGUGAAAAAACGUUAUAAUUUGCUAGAUGAUGACCCAGAGCAAGAGACAUUUAAGAUUGUGGACUAUGAAGAUGAACUGGAUUUGUUAUCCAUUGUAGCAGUUACUCAAAUAGGAGCUGAGGGAAGAGCUCAUCUUGAUUUUCACUGUAAUGAUCGUGGGAUUCUCCUCAAGAGUAUUCCAUUACUUGAGUCCUGGGAUGUGACUUACAGUCAUGAAGUUUACUUUGACAGAGACAUUGUAUUACAUAUAGAACAGAAACCGAACAGGAGAUUCAGUUGUUACGUUUACCAAAUGGUCUGUAAUAAUGCAGAAGAAGAGGAGUGUUCAAACCAUGAAAAAAUGGGAAGAGUUUCUUGUAAAAAAGGAGGGAGAGUUUUUGAAUAUUCUUAAGAUACAAACAACACUUACAGAGAUUUCCAUGUGGAUAUUAUUUAAGGACUUCAUAUAUAGGAAUUAGUAGACUCCUGUCUUUCAACUAGUGUUUUAUCUUACCAUUUUA